AAUUGGGUCGACGAAGCGAUCGCACGAGGAAAAUGAAUUUCUUUUUCAAUUUUGCAAUCGUUUUGUGUAUUGCUUUGGUUAAAGCCAAACAUUUGCACAUUAAAGAGAGUUACACAGAAAAAUCUGAGGCUGUGCAAUUCCAAGACCUUUUCAAUUACGAUGACAACGUUUACACAGAAAAAGACAGAUACGCAAGACACGUGGAGCUAGUGACAGAGAGUGUCCUAGAGCACCUACUGAAAGAAAUAAACAACAAAUACCGAAAAUCAUCGAACGACACCCAAAAUGACAUGCCCAAGAUGAUGCAGAGGCUGAAAAUGAAGUUAAAGAGGCAUCUGAACAAGAGGAAGAAUAAGAAACUGAAGAAGAAAUACUCCAAAUUGAAUUCCACGAAAGCAAGUCUUAAUGAGAUUACAACGACAUCCCCUUAGUUGUAAAGAUUGAAAU